AUGAAAAUCUUCAUUGCUUUCGCUUUUCUUGCCGUGGCCUCGGCCAGCGUCAUUCCUGCCGCAGUCAUUGCCAGCAACAAUCCUGAGAUUCAAGAGAUCGUGGCUGCUAUCCAGAGCCCCAGCACCGACCCCGCUACCGCCGCUGCUCUUGAACAAAUGCUCCUGGAUGUCCUCGGCAUUGCCAAGCCCGAACCUAUUGAUGUUGGACCAGCCAUCGUGGACAACUAUGAGCCUAUUGCCAUCGGACCAGCCAUCGUUGACAACCAUGAGCCUAUUGUCAUCGGACCCGCUGUCGUAGACUUUCCCUUGCCGGACGGUGGUGCCGUGGCUGAUGUCAACCCCACCCCUGUCAUGCCCGCUCCUGUUGAAUCCUCGGCCAGCGCUCCCCUUGUGCAGAUCAUCUUGAACAUCCAAUCUGCGUCUGACGUUGUUGGCUCUCCAGUCUCCGUUGAGACCGUUCAGUCUCCCGCUCCUACCCCUGUUCAGGUUGUGGAUGAAGCUGUGAAUGCCGAGCCUAUCGUCCCCGUGCCCGUCAUCGUCGUGGACAAGCCUAUUGUCCCCGAGCCCAUCAUCGUCGUGGACAAGCCCAUUGUCCCCGAGCCCGUCAUCGUCGUGGACAAGCCUAUUAUCCCCGAGCCCGUCAUCGUCGUCGAAGAAGCCGCUAUCCCUGCACCAGCGAUCGUUCUUCCGGAAACCCUUAACUAA